AUGCCGCCAACGCCGCCGACGAACAAGCAGCGAGGAACGAGGUUGUUGCGAGACCAACAGCAGAUUGCGAUGGAGAAGCUCCCAAGCCAUCAAUUCACAACAUCGAGCCAGACACAACAAGCGACCCCAGCACAGCUACGACCUGCUCCACUGAAGCUUCGUAAGAGACGACCUGUAGAGCUCAAUCAUACUCAACCAAGACCAACCCUUAGAGUGACCAAUCCGGACCCUCAAUCAGCAGACAAUUCGGUUCCGUGUUCACCCACUCAAGGUUAUCACGAGGUUGAUCUCACGCGCACAGCUUUAGCUCGCACGGUGGUCGUGCCGCCCACUCCGGUGUGCUCACCAACUAUAGGGAACGAAUUGCAAUACUCAUGGCCAGCAAUCACAGUCGAGCAAGAGGGGCAACCUCCGGUCAUUGCCGACAUCAAGCCUCAGUUCAAGAGACGAUCACAUCGGGCUAGCCAGUGGAUGGGCCCAAAUGGUAAUGUUGAUCGGAAGAAAUUGUCAGUGUACUUGAACAAGGUGUUGGAUUCGUCCUUUGAAGUGAUCGAUACUCCAGAUCGUGACGACUUGCUCAGUUCGCCUCUUUUGCUGAGUCCUUAUCUGGACAAUUCGGACCUGUGGAGUAGGCAUGGCGAUGAUGAACAAUAUGCCAAACGCCCUGCAGAACAGGUUCAACCUUCCAAGCACUUUCUCCUUGCCAGUGAACUAGAGGAGGCUCGGUUUCAGCAACCACGGCAAGUCCGUCGUCGAUGUGCAUGCCCUCCAGGCGUGGCAUUGUGUCGAAGCUGUUCCUCUCAAGAAUUCGAACAAUUCCGACACCGACAGGUCGAGCAUAAACCCAACACAAGCGUCAGCUCCACGAAAUGCAUCCUCUCUGUACCCAGGGCACGAUUCCGAGGAACUCUUCCAGAUGUGGAGGAACCAGAAUCUCCCUCAGAGGCAUCAUCACCACCCGGCCUGAUGUACGAUUCCGAAGAAAGUGAAGAGUCAGACUGGUCUUCUCCAAGCUCAGCCACCGUUGUGAGUAGUCCUGCUCCAUCAGUGCAGGUUACUCCAACACCAGCACCACGCUCAAGCGCUGUGCCCCGGCCGAAUGCAGUGUCGAGACCCAGUGUCCCCUCCUUCUCGCUCCCAUUCACUCACGGCCGACAAAUCACCCCUCGGAUCGUACGCGAUAGUACUGGUUGUACAUCAGGAGAUCCGUUCUGCUCGUCGCCAGCCUCUACGGUUCCGACCCUGGCAAGCAUAUCCACCAUCUCUACCUUCACAUUCGACUUCGCCACUGAGGAUGACAAUACCGAAUAUGAUCCAUUCGAGUAUGGUAGUGAAACGAGCGAGAUCAGAACAUACGAGCCUAUUCAGAAAGCCAAACCUGUUCUGGUCCAUUGCCGUGGCCCCUCACCACAGUCGAUCAAAUAUGGACAUGCCUUCAGCCAAAGAUCGAACGGGAGUCCGCGUUCGUACCAACUCUCGGAAGAUAGUGGACGUUCACCAUAUUAUAACUGA